CAUUAUCAAAUUUUUAGCAUUAAAUCCCCCAAAUUAUCCUCAAUACAUGGAUAUGAAAUCACAUCCCCCCUAAAUGCAAUAAAAUCAAACUCAUGACCAGAUUCUUUCCCUUCUAAUAACAUUCUCAUGGUCUGUGAAAAGCAAAUCCACAAUAGUCUCAACACAUUUUGGUCACUAUAAAAAGCCAACAGCCAUAGCUCUCUGCAAAUCACACCCACCAACAAACAAGAAGCCUUCCACCAUUCAAACACAAGCAUUCUAUCAUAUCCAGUCUUUCUCUGUUCUUCACAGUGAACACAUCAGUGAACAGUAACAUGAACAGCACAGCUACAGUAGCUUUCAUGUUGGCAUUGCUAAUCAUGGCGACAACCAGUCCCGUGAGUGCUCAAGCCCCCGUGACAUGCCCAGGUGCUCUGCUUCAGCUGCUCCCCUGCUUGCCGUUCCUCACCAAGCAAGUCGCAACUCCGCCUGCCCAAUGCUGCUCCAAUGUCAAGCAGCUGAACGACGAGGCCAACACCGCCGCGAUUCGUCAGGAGCUCUGCAAGUGCUUCAAGCCUGCUGCAAUCUCCUAUCAUGUCGACCCUGCCGUCGCCAAGGCCCUCCCUGGCUUGUGCAGAGUCAGUGUCCCCGUCCCUAUCGAUCCCAAGAUCGAUUGCAACACGAUUUCUUAGGUGUGGAAAAUAUGAAUGAAGUUGUGGAUUCAUGGGAGGGUGAUGGGCAUGGAUGUUGGACAAGAGUUUGCUACACAAAUUCUUGAGAUGGGGUGAAUUAAUAAUGACAUAAAUUGUGUUAUAUAUGUAUGUUCAAUUUAUUUUCUACAAAUCGAUUGCAAUGUACUCCAUAACUCUAAUGAUCAAAUAUUGAUCUUCUCUUCAAUUGUGGGUGGCUAGAUGGAUAUAUCUAGUUAUUGUUGUUUUUUGUUCUUGAAAUAAGAGAAUGAGUGUUUCAUUUGGGCAUGAUUUUGUCUAUUUGAUUUAUAAAAUUCCACAAUUUUUCGUUUUGUGGGUUAAUGAACUCUGACGAUGGGAUUCUAGAAUAUGUAAACAGAGUAACAGACUAUCUUGUGAUCGACAAUCAAUUAUACUUGCGCAUUUCGACAAAUCUAUCAUAUAAUUCAAUAAUAAAAAAUUCAACGCGUA